AUGCCUAACUUUUUCUCCAUAGACGCAUCUGUGGAUGCCAUAGAUGCGACUGUGGUAAUGGAUGCGUCUGUGGAUGCCAUAGAUGCGACUGUGGUGACGAAUGCGUCUGUGGAUGCCAUAGAUGCGACUGUGGUGACAGACGCGUCUGCGGAUGCCAUAGAUGCGACUGUGGUGACAGACGCGUCUGCGGAUGCCAUAGAUGCGACUGUGGUGAUGGACGCGUCUGUGGUUGCCAUAGAUGCGACUGUGGUGACGGACGCGUCUGUGGAUGCCAUAGAUGCAACUGUGGUGACGGACGCGUCUGUGGAUGCCAUAGAUGCGACCGUGGUGACGGACGCAUCUGUGGAUGCCAUAGAUGCGACUGUGGUGACGGACGCGUCUGUGGAUGCCAUAGAUGUGACUGUAAAUUUUCACGGAUGUGUCUACGGAGUUGUAGAUGCAUAA